AUGGGGCAGCAGCGACUCCAGGGUGUGUGUCCCCCCCCCCCCGCUCCCCAUCACCCUGACACCCCGCACAAGGGCUGGGUGCUGGAGGGGGCUGCCAAGCUCCCCAUGUCCAUCAUCAUCGUCGUGGGCCAGGCUGAGUUUGACGCCAUGGUGGAGCUGGACGGCGACGACAUCCGCAUCUCCUCCCGCGGCCAGGUGGCCGAGCGCGACAUCGUGCAGUUCGUGCCCUUCCGUGACUACGUGUGCGGGGGGGGCAGCCCGGUGCUGAGCAUGGCGCGCCUGGCCAAGGACGUCCUGGCCGAAAUCCCCGACCAGUUCGUCUCCUACAUGAAAGCCAGGGGCAUCAAACCCCAACCGGGCCCCCCCGACCCCCCCCACACCCCCCCCCCCAGCCCUGACCUCACC